UUUGUCAACACUGCGUUGUCCCUUGUCCUCGUUCAGUGAAUAAUUUUUUUUAACUCGUUACGCGACCGUAUUUGCUGGCAAUGUGGUAUUUGUUGUUUGGAUUAAAUAAUAUAAACAUAGACAUAUAUAAACAAUAAUCCGCCGCUCCACAAAAAAAGAAGAAAAUUGCGGGCGCGUGUGUCAACAAUUUUUUCUCUUCUUUUUUUUGGCAUUUGCAUACAUAUACAUAUACAUAUAUACAUUUAAUGCGGUGACAGCUACGUGCAGAGCCAAAACCAAAAGUAAAACCAAAAUCAACAGCCAGUGAAAAAGGGCAGAGUCGGAGCUAACUGAAGUGAUAAACGGACGGCUUGGGGGCAGAGCCGUCGCAUCCUUAUACUUACACUUACACGCCGGAGUCGAGGAGAACAGUCGCCAUCACGACGUCGCCGCCGCAAGCGCCACCUUUGUCACCCGAGCACUUGGACGACGCCAGCGCUGCCGAUCGCGGGCGUGUCUACAAGCUGAGGAAGAAGAAAUACUUGAACGCAGCGCACAUCACAUAGAUUAUAUAGUUUAGGUAGCAACACGAGCAGCCGAUCAUCAUCAGCAGCAGCAGGAGCAGCAGCAGCAUCAGGAGCAGGAGCAGGAGCAGAGCAAAGACGACAGAGGAUAGCGGAUAGUGGAUAAGCAUAGCAUGCCCGUACAGUCACCAAUUGAGAUUAGCAAUCGCGCCAUCGAGCAUAUCGACGAUGUUGAUCCGCUCGAAUAUCAUGGCCAUUGGGAGCCGGUGGGCGUUGCACGCGUUCAAAACACUGGCACCUCGGCCAUGGUCACAUUCAGUAAGCGCAAACAACAGCCGUAUAUCAUUGGUGGCGCCCUCGACAUGGAUAUGUACAUGUUCGAGCAGCUGCACUUCCAUUGGUCCGACACGGACGAAUCUGGCUGCGAGCACACGCUGGAGGGCAUGAAGUACUCGAUGGAGGCGCAUGCCGUUCACUAUAAUGCCAAGUAUAAGGAUUUUGCCGAGGCAAAAAACAAACCGGACGGACUCGCUGUUGUCGCAUUCUUCAUACAGGCCUGUGGCGAUAAGGAUUGCCCCGAAUUCAAGAAGAUCACCGAGGGUAUACGCAUUGUCCAAAAGAUACACACAAGCGCAUCCCUCGACUCGGACUGCCUGUCCUGGAUCGGUCUGCAGGAGCUAAGCAAACACUAUUAUACAUACAAGGGAUCGCUGACAACGGCGCCGUACUUUGAGAGUGUCACAUGGAUAAUUUACCGGACGCCCAUCUAUGUGUCGCGUGGCCAGGUCGGCGUGUUCCGCAACUUGCAGUCGUGCCCCAAAGAUCAGUCCAAGAAGAUAGUCAGCAAUUAUCGUGAGAUUCAGCGUCCGCACAAGGAUCCAGAGAUCUUCUUUGCGCGCAACACAAACACAAAGUCCAAAUUAUGAUGUGCUUGUCCUGUCUUGUUGCGCUGUCAUUAAUUUGCCAUGAUGUAUAUGGUGCAUCUACCAAAAAAACUAGAAGUUCAACUCCACUCCGAAAUAACCUCAUCAAAGUCCGGCUCCAUGGUGAUUCUGUGCGGCUUUUGGUUAUCUUAUUUACUUGUUUUGUUUUUUUUUUUUUUCUUUCCUCUCUUUCUGUGUUUUUAAUGUUUUGCUUUUUGCCUACUACUUGUAAAUCGAUCUAUGAUGUAUGUCAAAUGUAAAUUCUACAAUUCGAUGGUUGUCAAUAAGCUUUUGUUAACUACUGCCCCAUGUACAUAGCUAAGCACACACAUAAACUUACAUCUAAAUAUCAGCGUUUGUAGUUAAUGUGAUUACAAUGCGCGAAUCAUAGUCGGAUACAAGCGACUGCCUUGCAUUGAAUAUUUCUCGGAAAUAUUUAUUAAUUAUUAUUACAUACAACCUUAAAAAAAAAAACACCCAUCUACUGAAUAUGUAUAAACUUUUAAAUUAAGCAAACCUAAUUUUUUGUAUGCAAACCUGAAUUUCGAAACUAUCAAUAUAAUAUAUAUAUAUAUAUACAUAUACAUAUAACAUAUAUAUACACCAUAUAUAUGUAGAUAUAUGUAUGUCAUAUCGUGCGUUAAUCAGCACAUGUGUA